AUGGGUUUCUUGAAGAGGCUCUUGUCCAUGGGAAGCCGGCGGAACAAGAAGAGACGCGCCGUUGAGCAACUAGGUGAGAUCCCAAUCAGCCGAGAGGAUAGGGAGAAAAUCGAGGAAGAACAAGAGGCCACUGCUAGUCGCCUACUCCGUUCAUCUUCCGCUCACUUCUCCGUCGUCUCCGAAGUAGACUAUGCGUCUUUACCGCCUCUUCCUCAUCCGAUCAAUGGCUUGAACGUAACUCCUGUACCCUCUCCAAAUCGCGCUGCCAGCAUUCAAACGCGUGGAAAGUAUUCUGUUAAAGUUCACGAUCGCAAGAUCGAAGCGUGCACAGAGUUCCCAAAUGCCAACCCUCCCAUCGAAACGCCUACACGCGACUGCAGCGAUAACGGCUUACCUCAACAAUCUCGCAGACACGCCAUCACUCCGAGAGACCAGAAUCGCAUGUAUAGGCUUCGCCAGGACCCUUCUGUUGUCAGCCUAUUGGACAUGUACGACAGUCAUGGACAACUCGAUAACAAAGCAUUUUCCAACAGUCCCGUUAAGGAAGGACGCGCUCAAGUGAAGAGGAAUGGUUCUACGCUCCGCCAACUACUGGGCAAUCCAGAGUCCGCUACACAGAACGGAGAUGCGAUUGAAGGUGACAUCUCUUGGGCUGAACGAUUUCUUGACGAAGGAAUCGAUCAUCGAGCACGGAGUUCUGUGAUGCCUUCCUUUGAACCUUUUGGACUCGAUGCAGGCGGUCGCGCACGUAACGCACAUGACAAAACGAUUACUGUCAAAACAGACACCACAUUCAUUUACGCAGACGAUCAUUCGAACGAAGAUUUUGACAACGACCGCAUCAUUUCUUCCAUGGAAGUGGAGCUCAGCCUUGACUCAGAGGAGGCAAGAAAUGAUACCCACGCCUCAGGCCAACAAGAUUUAUCCACGCCUCAUCGCGCAUCAGAGGUGUUCGGCUUCUUGUUGGAUAAAGAUAGGCGAGGAGAGACUCCGAGGCAGACUCGUUCGUCUGACGACUCAGAGCACCUACUUCCCGCGAUACCUCCCAACCUCAAUGCCGACCCCUCGACAAAGAGUGCCAACUCUCCCGAUUUUAACGUUAUUACUGCGAUACCUUCUUCCAGUCGAAGGGAUGCCUUUGACUCGAUCCCUUCAUCGCGAUCUCCAAAGCAGGAGUCCCCGUCCUCGACCGGCUCGAUAUAUGACGAUCCCCCACAAACGGCGAUGAUCAUGAACAGGACUCCCGUUGCCGUUGCUGAUAGUAUGUUGCGCCAAGGCUCUCAGGCACUACAGGUUCAGGUGACCCCUUCGAAUCUUCCUACGAGCCGGAUCCCCCGAGGUCCUCGUGGUCCCCGCAGUUCCAUUCUCAUAGAUAACCCCUUCGAAACUCAGACGCCACGAGCUCAAGAGCCAUCCCAGCGCCGGGUAUCCAAGGAGAGUACCAAAUCAAGUAUCAGACCGUCACAGAUCCCCACGCGCGACGUUUUACGCGCAACUACCAACGCGUCCUCGAAGAAGCUGAAGCUUAAUUCCGCACCGCGCACUCCCGUGAGUUCACGAAAGGGACAGCAGCGGUCAACCUCGCGUGGAUCGGCGGCAUGGAGUCUCGUUGACGAGCCGAGUAUGUCACAGGUCGGGAACGAGACCAUCACGCCCACUGCAGCCAAGUCAAAGCCGUCCAGAGCUCGUCCGCUGACAGAUGUUGGCAAAGAGAAUACUCCAAGCCCCAACGCUUCGAUCGAGUUAUCAAAGGCAUCCGGCACCAAACCUCAUCUUCAUGUGAACUUCAACAAGACUAAAUCGCCCGUCACGCCUGCUCGCUCACGUACUCUGUUUCACCAUGCGCCCUCUCCAGCGUCUUCCUCAUCUAUUUCGCGUCUUCUUGAGAUCAUGAACUUUCAUCGAUCUCCUGGGCUCCAGGCUUAUACCGCCGUGGUGCUCAUGUUUUCUCCAACGUCCUGCACCGUAUUUUUUUUGGUCCUCCAGUUGUCGCAUAUUUAUUCGCUCAGUUUUCCCUCAGCUGCCUGAUGUCGAAUUGUCGCUUUGAUAUUCCUUCGCUGUCUCUUUUCUUGUUGUCUUGUGGGUUAUAUUGUCUUCCGGUGAUACCCCUCUCCACUGUUGUUAGUUACACAAUAUGAUCUAUGUCCUCC